ACGCAGUAACUGUUCGUACAUGGAUUAAGCGCAUUAUCUCUCCGGUAGAACCGUAAUGUGUUUCGCAUAUUAGUGUGCUAAGAUAUGGCACGAAUAGAAAACAUUUCCUGCACGGGAUGAUGCAAUGUGGCAGACAGCAGCAAGUCGACCAAAACAACGAUACAAUACAUUCGCGAAAAUUCUAUUGUGCGCUGGGAGUUGGUGCAAUGCGUGCGUGUGGGCUGUCCCGGGGAAUACCAGUGAAGGUUUAAGAAAAUAGGGGUUAAAUAUUAUGCGACAAAGCAACGGAAUGUAUUGAACGAAAAGUACGUUCCAGUAUGUGCAAGUUUGCAGCAAUGUAGUGUAGUAAUAUGUACCGAAGUGUAGCGUUAUGUUAAUUUACUUUUUUUACUUGUGAAAGAAGUCGGUGUUCUUGCUACAACACCGGGUAAAGUGAAUGAAAAACUGGCCGAACGAAGGCCAUUCGUCGCGCGCUGAACUCAACAUAAAUGUCUAGCUUAUGAAAGUAAUCAGAAACAAUUUCCCUAGGAGUAAAAUAAAAACAAAUCGACCUAGAAUAACAUCAUCACGAUGUAUGCAAAGGUGCAAAUGUUUGUACUACUGCUAGCGGUGGCAGCAUGCGGAUCUGCUUCUGACGCAAAAAUUGCGUCUCCGUCUUCGGUGUCUCAGCAGCAGGACUGCACAGCCGUUGCAAAGGAUGAAGAGACGAUGCUGGUAUUUUCUACCCUCGGCGGUGGAUUGACCGCAAUUGAUCCGCUGACGGGAGAAACGCGCUGGUCGAUCGCAGACGAGCCGGCCAUUCGCGUGCCAAGUCCGUCCGAUACGUCCGCCCACUAUCUGCCAGAUCCGCGGGAUGGCAGUCUGUACCGCAUGAACGGACUGGAGGGCGGUUUAAAGAAGCUGCCGUACACCAUUCCCCAAUUGGUGGCGAGUGCACCGUGCCGUUCGAGCGAUGGCAUUCUGUACUCGGGCAAGAAGAGUGAUGUUUGGUUCCUGAUCGACCCAAAGACGGGCCAGCGGGAGAAAGUGCUCGGAUUCGGUGGAAUGCCACCGCAACCGCCCAAAGAUGCGGGACCCGACUCGAUCGGUUGGGCAACGUCACGGGCCGUAUAUUUGGGCCGUACACAGUACACCGUCAUGAUGUACGAUAGUCUCGCAACCGAUCGGAACAGCAAACCGUGGAAUGUAACGUUCUUCGACUAUUCUGCCCAUUCUAUGGCACCGGAGCUAACGAAUGAAUACGAAUUCCUGCACCUGACCAGCAGCUCUUCGGGAUUAACGACAACGUUUGAGCGAAACAAAGGAACACCAAUAUGGCAGAAGGAUCUGUCCAGUCCUGUAGUCGCCGUUUUUCUACUCGGUUCGGAAGGCCUGCUUAGUGUACCGUUCCAGACUGUAUCCGACGAGGUGCUGCAGGAUUUAAACGAACGGGCAAAGGGUGGAAACUUUGACAAUGUGAAACUAUUUGAAACUGUUUAUAUAGGUGAGGCCGGCAACAAUCUCUACGCAAUACCUUCGAUGGUGGACAAAAAUACGGCCACACUUCCUUCAGAACCGUCCAUCAAUUUGUUAGGUGGACCAAUGAAGGGACGAUCGCCAUCGUAUGGUGGAAAUGAUCGACAAGACGCUUCGGGGCGUGAACUGAUUGCAAAAGCUUCACGACUUGGUGGUAAGAAUGAAAACAUCAUUAUACUGGGACACUACCAAACACCGAAGACGGACGAUCGGCUCAAGCUCAACAUCGCACCGAGCGGUCCCGCAGCGCUGGCGAAAGAGUUCUGGAAGCAUCAUGAACUUUCCACCAUGCUGGUGGGUGGUCCUGCAGGGGUAGAUUUCCCCAGCGUGCCCAAAAACACCCACACGAUUGGCGUUCAGACCGACGAUCCGGCAGCUCCGGAACAUACGUAUGGAGAAGCGAAUGAAACAAGCUCGACAAAGCUGCAGGGUAGUGCAGAUCUUAUUCGCGCAUUGUUCGGUCGGUUGUAUAUGGACACGAAGCUAUGGCUCGAUGCACAGCCCAACAAGCUACCCACAAUACUGAUGAUCGCACUGUUCGGUAUGGUUAUCUUUGGGUUUUGGUACGUUAAUCUGCAAAUGAAAGCGCUUAAGGAGCAAAGCCAGGGAGGUUCACAGACGAGUAAUUCGAACCGUAGCGGUUCGAAUGGAAGUGGUGGAAGUGGCGGUAGUGGAAGCUACAGUGAACCGAUCGAUUACGGAGAUGGUGAGAUGCGAGUUGGCAAAAUUAACUUCAACACCCAGCACGUGUUGGGUAAAGGAUGUGAAGGAACGUUUGUGUUUCGGGGGAUGUUUGAGAAGCGUGAGGUAGCAGUAAAGCGCAUUCUACCGGGAUGCUUUACCUUAGCCGAUCGUGAAGUGACAUUGCUGCGGGAGAGUGACGCACACGAAAAUGUGGUGCGAUACUUCUGCACCGAGCAGGAUCGUCAGUUCCGCUACAUCGCGGUAGAACUGUGCGCGGCCACACUGCAAAACUACGUGGAGGGUAAAGAAACGUCCAUGUGUGUGUUGCGCGAACAGAUCUCCCCACUGGACAUACUCCAGCAGGCUACAAGCGGGUUGAUUCAUUUGCAUUCGCUUAACAUCGUCCACCGGGACAUAAAACCGCAGAACAUUUUACUCUCGUUGCCCAACUACAAGCAACGCGUCCGAGCAAUGAUAUCGGACUUUGGGCUGUGCAAAAAACUCAACUAUGGGAAGGCGAGUUUCUCCCGCCGGUCCGGCGUGACCGGUACGGAUGGAUGGAUCGCACCAGAAAUGCAGCGUGGCCAACGUGCCACGACGUCGGUGGAUAUUUUUUCACUGGGCUGCGUGUUCUAUUACGUGCUCUCCGGUGGGUUUCAUCCGUUUGGCGACAAUCUAAAGCGGCAGGCAAACAUCCUGUCCAACGAGCACGAUCUCAGCAUGUUGAGGAGAGAAAAUGCCCAACCCGAUUGUCGCACGAUAUUGGCGGAGGAAAUCGUCAGCGACAUGAUACACGCUGACCCUGGUCAAAGACCUCCCGCCAAAGCGGUGGCCAACCAUCCACUGUUCUGGAAUAAUGCGCGGGUACUAACGUUCCUGCAGGAUGUAAGCGAUCGGGUGGAAAAGAUCGAUGUCAUGACGGAACCAUUACGAUCGCUGGAGAAAAAUGCUCGAUUCAUCGUGCAUGAAGAUUGGAGCUUACAUCUGGAUGCGGAAAUUACUGCUGAUCUGAGGAAAUUUCGCGGCUAUCAGGGUUACAGCGUGCGAGAUCUUUUGCGUGCCAUUAGAAAUAAGAAACAUCACUACUACGAACUAACACCGUCGAUGCAGCGUGCUUUGGGAAGGGUACCGCAAAAAUUCACCCACUACUGGAUUUCGCGUUUUCCGCAUCUACUGUCUCAUAGCUACCAUGCACUGGCGGAUUGCUUUCGGGAACCAAUAUUUAAACUCUACUACAACAACGAUGAAGAUACCGAGCAUGCGAGUGGCAGUGUACCUUCACAGUCCAGCAGAUAUCAGUUUUCCAAACCGUCCUAUUUCUACGAGGAGAACAAUGAUAAUUACGAGCUGAUCCGUUACUACGACACUGCACAGCUGAUGAAAAACAUCACGAAAAGUCCAAAGCGAAGGCCUACCGCAGCAGAGGGACAGGAGGGAUCCACACCGGACCGCAAGCCAGGCCUGGGAGGACCAAACAAGCGUGGAACGUAUAAUUUCGGUAAAACGAGUGGCGGAGGUUUCAUCACACGCCAUUCGAUGCGAGAUAAUGUAGAGUCCACGGUCGAGUUAGACGAUCGUCGAACAUCGGCUGUACCGCAUAGCAUCACGAGUGAAGUGCAAGACACGAUUAGCGCAGAAGGUAGUGGUAAUCAAAGGAGAAGAUACACUCCCGGCAGCGGCGAUGAUAAUCAUACAGUCAACCAAACUAAUAUAAGACGGCGCGAUGUGCAAACGAAAGUGACGUGGAAAUUGGACUUCAUUGCAUCGGACAAGGAGAAGAGCAAUGAGUAAAAUUAUUUUAAUUUUUGUCGAGCUGCAUCAGCAUGCAUCAUUACAUUCCGUUUUAUUAUUACGUUGUUGGUUUUAGCUUAUAUUAUGCUUGCAAGGAUAAUCUAAAUGUUUAUUGUUGACCAAAACAGCAUGAUAAACUAUUUUCUAUUAUAUGCUAUGUUUUGCUAGAUAGAGAAGGCAAGUACGAUUGAACAUGUGAUUUGCUUAGUUUAAUUGAUAGAUUAAUUUGUUUGAUUAGUUCUGUUCAGGUGCUUGUUUCUAUAAAGAUAACGUUUUACAAUUGCUACAGACAGGUGGUAAACGUACUAAAUGCAUUCGUGUCAUGCGUUUCUCUAAGUACAUCGUACCGCACAAAAACAAUCUUCAUCUGAUCAUCUUUUUUAUUGGAGCAAUUGAUAGUGUCGGUGCGAUAACCAAUGGACAUCGAUUGAUCAAUUGCUCUUGCUUCUUGAUACCAGUCACCUUUUGAUAUACGUUUUACAGCUCGUUCCAUGUUGGGAA